ACUCUAGUUUCACAGAAAUGAGACGUGUAUAUUUGACAUUUAUUAUCACUUUUUCCCAGUGCAUAGUCGUUUAUCAAGCUGAACGAAAUCAAAAGGAAGAAAAUGGAGGAUGGUUGACCCUGGAAGAAGACAGGAUAGCGCAGCCAGGCCCUUGUAACAUUGACCGAAUCGACCUCAGCUCUCAGAAAUUCACCCAACAGCAUUUUCUUGACAAUUAUGCCUUCAACAAGCCAUUUGUGAUAGCAGGAGCCACAGAAAAUCAGAAUUUUCAAAGUUUGUGUGAGAAGAGAAAUCUGCUUGAAAGAUAUGGAAAACACACAGUCAGACUCAGUUCGGCAAAUACAUACUCAUAUGAUAAAAGAGAUGUUGCAUUAACAAAAUAUAUUGAUGAAAUAAUGAAAGCCCAGACCCUGGACAGAUAUGGAAAUGAGACAUUUUACUGGUUUGGUGACAAUGACCAUGAAGCAUUUGAAGAUCUGUUCAACAUGUACAAUCCACCUCCCUACCAGAUACCCAACCUGACCGGCAUGUACAGUUUUGGAGUGGCAGCUGCUGGUACAGGUGUUCCAUUCCAUUUCCAUGGUGCUGGCUUUGCAGAAGUUAUUUUUGGGAGAAAGCGCUGGUUCAUGUACCCGCCAGAGAAGCAGCCUGCAUUUAACCCGAACAAAACCACCCUCCAUUGGCUGGAGGAAGAGUAUCCGAACCUUCACGAGUCAGACAUGCCACUUGAGUGCACCAUAGACCAAGGGGAGGCAAUUUACUUCCCAGAUCGAUGGUGGCAUGGAACAUUGAACAUUGACACAAGUGUAUUUAUAUCAACAUUCCUUGGGUAGUGUGAACUUGCCGUCAAAACAGCAGUUAUUUCCAUUGUUCUAUGGACAUGAACAUUGUAUAAGAUGUAUUUAUUAAGUAUAUAGAUAUUUAUUUUCAGUUUGCAUCAAAUUAUGCUUAUAAUCCUCCGACGAAUCGAAGAUUUCGGGAGGGGGAUAUUGUUUUGGCAUUGUCAUUCCGUCCGUCCGUCCUUCCGUCCGUCCGGUACCAUAUCUUGGUAGGCAUUGAUCAGAAAAUGUUCAAACUUGGUCAGAAUGUUCCCCUUGAUCAUAUCUCGACCUAUUUUAAAACUGGGUCACAUGGGGUCAAAAACUAGGUCACUAGGUCAAAUCUUAGAAAAAUCUUUGGAACAUACUAGAGGCAUUAUACAUGGUCAAAUAUUUAUAAAACUUCAUCAGAAUGUUUUCCUUGAUGAAAUCUUGGACUUAUUCAAAACUGGGUCACAUAUGAUUGAAGAUUAGGUCACAAGGUCAAAUCUUAGAAUUUUUUUGUACAAAUGUAUCAAUGUCAGUGGAUUUUGUACAGUCAAGUUUUGUUUUUGCUCUAAGUUUGCUCAAUGGUGCUUAUGAAGGAUAUCAAGUUUCUUUAGAAAGAAAUGUGCAGAAAACACGGCAUUGCUAUCUUAUGAGACGAUAGUAGACCACAGUAAAUCUUUUAGCAAUUACCAAUCAUUUAAUAUUUUUGCUCUUUCUGCUAUUAAAUACACGGCUACAAUCUUUUUAUCAGUAAUUAAUAGUUUCCAUAAUUGCAUUAAUUCGUAAGUAGUUAAAGGUUUAUCAGUCAAAAUUGAUGUUUGUUAUACAUGUAUAUGUAUGGAUUUUGAAUAAGAAUCUCACUUUAAACCAACAAAUAUCAGUUAUCCAUACAAAGGCUGCCAUAUAUAUCUUGACAAUUUGUUCUACUCCUCAAACCUGCUCCAUGGGAAUCAACAUUUUGGCGAGGGCAUUCACAAUGGAAUAUAUUAGUUUCAAUCCUUAUUACAGUUCAUGUUUAUUCAGCCCCAAAUGAUACCUUGGAUUGCAUAGUAUUUAGAAUAAUAUACAGUGUACUUACAUUUUUUGUGGAGCAUGUCUCCAUUUGUUUGACUUUCUGAAGUUUUCUUAAAAGUAAUAUAAUCAAUCAAUUACAUGUAUAAACAAAUCCAUUUAGGGAAACACUUUGUUUUGUUGAAAUCUAUCAAAACAUUGACCCUGAUUUGUAUGUGAUAUAAAAUGUGAGAAUUGAUGCAGUGCAUAUUUAAUGGACAUAUGUGCUUAUGAAGGAUAUCAAGUUUAUUUAGAAAGCAAUUGCAGAAAACAGGGUAUUGCUACCUUAUGAGACAAUAGAAGAUCAUAGUAAAUCUUUUAGCAUUCACCAAUCAUUAAUAUUUUUUUGCUAUCAACUAUUAAAUACAUGGUUAUAAUAAUGUUAUCAGUAAUUAAUAUUUUCCAAAAUUAUAGUUGAGGGUUUAUCACUCAAAAUUUAUAUUUGUUAUACAUGUGUACAUGUAUUGAUUUUGAAUGAGCGUGUCUCUUGAAUAAUUCUUUACAGGUUGUUGAACAUGUUAAAUAAUAAUAAUAAUAACAAUACAAGCUAAAAUAACUUUAUCGUAACUGUUUAUUAGGUAUUGUUAUUCUUAUCUGCAUGACCACUCUCUCUCAUUUAACAAAUGUUUUAGUUUAACAUAAUUGAAUGUUCUUGGUGUGGGCCAAAUAUGUAGUUUUUGCAAGAAUUGCAUAAUUAUUGUUUUCAUCAUAUUAUAUUUAGAAAAAGAAAUAAAAUGAAA